UCAGAAACUGGUCCAAGUUUUUAUAUCCCAUGUUUCAACCACACGCCUCCGCAGAAUACACACACACAAUGAGAAAAGUACACACUACACACCCUUUAUUUCAAAGCUAUCUCUCCUUUGAUGCACAGACUUUGUACUGCCAAAAAGCGAGCAAUUCUUACUUCAGCCCAGUUUUCAACAGCAAAAUGUGAUUCAUUUUUCGUGCUUAAAAGGAAAAAAGUGGUUUUAAUUUAGAGGGUAAAGGGAGGUCAACGAGAAGGGAGAAAGGAGGGGAGAGUAUUGAUUUUCAGCCCACCAUCUGUCAAGAGAACUGGGAUCUUCUUGAUUUCUUUUUGCAGUACAAAGGAGACAGUGAUGUUUGCGUUUUGUACUACUGAGUAGUACAUUCCUAACAGUCUUUCAAGAUUUUCAACGUGGGGUGGGUAAGCAAUUUGUGGAAAGUCCUCUGCUUUAUAUCUUGGACCAUUCCUCAGCUUGUUCAUGCUAAGUGCAAUUCCUGAAUUGUGAUUUAUGGAGGUGGGGUUUGGAGCAAAUCCACUUGGUGUCUGGGGAAUUUGGAUUGGGCAGUUGUAGCCUUUGAGGAAUUGGAAAAACUCGCUGGGUUUGUGUUUUUUUUCUUGAAGAGUUUUGAGAGAGAGAGAAGCAUUUGUGGGUUUCAUCCAAUUCAAGGGAGAAAAUUAUCUGGGCAGGGGUAGUGAUCUGUUGGCCAAAAAUGGGCACCAGUGAUAGUGAAGAAACAAUUCAGAGGGACGAUUUGGAAGAAAUGAGCCAUCAGCAGGAGGAUCUGAAGAGGAUCCCUCCUUGGAAAGAACAAAUAACAAUCAGGGGAAUAAUAGCAAGUAUACUGAUUGGAAUCAUAUACAGUAUCAUAGUAAUGAAGCUCAAUCUCACAACUGGCCUUGUCCCGAACCUCAAUGUCUCAGCUGCUCUUCUUGCUUAUGUGUUCAUCAGAACAUGGACAAAGCUUCUCCAAAAGGCUAAUGUUGUCUCAACUCCUUUUACCAGACAGGAGAAUACAAUUAUUCAGACUUGUGCUGUUGCUUGCUACAGCAUAGCUGUGGGAGGUGGAUUUGGGUCUUAUUUGUUGGGAUUGAACAAGAGGACGUAUGAGCAGGCAGGAUUUGACACAGAGGGGAAUUCACCUGGGAGUUAUAAAGAACCUGGGCUUGAUUGGAUGAUUGGCUUUCUUUUUGUUGUUAGUUUUGUUGGAUUGUUGGCUUUGGUUCCUCUCAGAAAGAUUAUGAUAAUAGAUUACAAAUUACCUUAUCCAAGUGGAACUGCAACUGCUGUUCUGAUCAAUGGAUUUCACACUAGUAAAGGAGACAAGAUGGCGAAGAAACAGGUCCAUGGAUUCAUGAAGUUCUUCUCACUCAGUUUCAUAUGGAGUUUCUUCCAAUGGUUCUACUCGGGUGGAGUGCAAUGUGGAUUCAUCAACUUCCCCACGUUCGGGUUGAGAGCGUGGAAACAAACAUUUUACUUUGAUUAUCUUUGCUCCCACAUUGUGAACUUGUCUUUGCUUGUUGGAGCCGUGCUUUCUUGGGGCGUUAUGUGGCCGCUGAUAAGUGAGAAGAAGGGAGAUUGGUUCGCAAAGGACAUCAAAGAAAGCAGCAUGAAGAGUUUGAAUGGUUACAAGGUUUUCAUUUCCAUCGCUCUUAUUCUAGGUGACGGUCUGUACAAUUUUCUCAAGACUCUGUUUUUUACCGUCAGAAGCAUGUAUUCUACAUUCAACAAGAAGAACCUCAAAGCAGAUAACACCACUCAAACCUUAGACGAUCUUCAACGGAAUGAAGUGUUUAUAAGAGAGAGCAUUCCAAUGUGGCUGGCAUGCACUGGUUACAUGUUUUUCUCAAUUAUUUCCAUAAUCGUCAUCCCAAUCAUGUUUCCUCAGCUCAAGUGGUACUAUGUGCUUGUCGCCUACAUGCUCGCUCCAUCUCUAAGCUUCUGCAACGCUUAUGGUGCUGGCCUGACUGACAUGAACAUGGCAUACAACUAUGGCAAAGUUGCCCUCUUUGUGCUUGCUGCUUUGGCUGGAAAAGACAACGGGGUCGUUGCCGGACUCAUUGGGUGUGGUCUCAUAAAGUCUAUUGUCUCCAUAUCCUCCGAUUUGAUGCACGAUUUCAAAACCGGCCACCUCACCCUAACAUCGCCUAGAUCAAUGCUCAUCAGCCAGGCAUUCGGGACGGCCAUCGGCUGCAUAGUGGCGCCUCUCUCAUUCUUCCUCUUUUACAAGGCGUUUGACGUGGGAAACCCCGAUGGGGACUACAAAGCCCCAUAUGCACUCAUCUACAGAAACAUGGCAAUCCUUGGAGUCGAAGGCUUCUCUGCUCUACCCCACCAUUGCUUGCAGCUCUGCUACGGGUUUUUUGCGUUUGCCGUAUUGGCCAAUCUGUUGAGAGAUGUCGGCCCAGAGAAAUACGGCAAAUGGGUUCCCCUUCCAAUGGCUAUGGCCGUGCCGUUUCUUGUGGGAGCUUACUUUGCAAUCGAUAUGUGUGUGGGGAGUUUGGUUGUAUAUAUUUGGCAUAAAAUUGAUAGCAGAAAGGCAGGUCUGAUGAUCCCAGCGGUUGCUUCAGGUUUGAUCUGUGGCGAUGGGCUGUGGAUUCUGCCUUCCUCCAUUCUUGCUUUGGCCAAGAUCAACCCGCCAAUCUGCAUGAGCUUCUUGCCUACAGCUAGCACGUGAGAAAACCAAACCAUAAAAGUAGUCUGUAGUAGCAAAGAUGUAACUGUUAUGAAUUAAGACAUACAGUUUUGACAUGUAAAGAAAUUGGGGAAGGAUCAGAAUAUCCUUACAUUUUCAGGAACAAGAAUGCAGUUGUUGUAAGACAAAGUGCCAAAACCUGUGAUAGUGCUGAAUUGUAGCUCCGAAGCUUGGGAGGGAUAGACACGAAAUAUAUGCAAAAAU